GCUUUUUUAUUGCCCAGAUUUUAGUUAGCCCCUGUUCAAUUGACUGUUAUAUGUCAAUAGAAACAUGUCUCACAAAUUAAAGUGUCUUGUAAAAUAUUUGUGUUUUUUUUCAAGAAUUUUCUUCCCAAAUCUAUUACAUGCCAACUGUAAAUUGUUAUUUCUGCUAAAACCUUAACUUAAAUGUGUAUAUGGUGUUUAUCUGUUUCUCUCUCUGUUUUAGAUGCACACAUCAAUCUGGAAUUCGGCUUAAAGCCAGAAUUGCAGGAAUGCAACACGUGUUGCAGAGGACUCUUUCACUGCCCUCUGUGCCCCACUUUCAGCCCUACUGUCAGGGCAAAGAUUGAGGAGCAUCUAAGUGUGCAUAUAAAAAAUGCUUUGCCUUUCAAAGAUAAAAUGAUAUGCCGGUGCAGGCUGCCUUGUAGGACAACAGGACACUUUCACCGCCCUGUCUGUAAGAUUACAAUCAUACGGCGUGGGGAUAUGGCAAGGCAUUUAUUGUCUUGUCAGCAUUCUUCAAUGCCAAGUCAGCCACCAUUAUCAGGACUGCUCCCCGCUGAACUCUCCGAGGAGACCCGUAUUCCUCCGGCAGUACUCUUCGAGGAGCCCCGUUUCCCCCCCAAGGUUUUGUCUUCGGUAUCUGAACCAUUUUCUGAGUCUUUGUUAGAACAUUCAUUGGCUCUACCCUCUGUGUUCAAUAAAACUGCAGCUGAUGGAAAGUCCAUGAAAAUGACAUGCCCUCACUGUGGCCUUACUCUUCGUAGCUCUGGCAAGCUAUUUGCACACUGGAGAGAGGAAGCCAAAGCUGUGCUUGAAGGACAACACGUGCCCAUUUUCAGACUGAAAAAGCGCAAGUUCCAGGAAGUCAGUCAGGAGCCAGCAGUUGUUGAAGAUCUGCGUCCUGCUGUGCAGUGGGUUGUCCAAAAUAAGGCACUUUUCCGUGGACAUGUAACAAUGCCCAAAUAUCUGUCCUUAAAUCAAGGGGACCAGCAGAGGGUCUUAAGAGACAUGUCAGAGGAAGAAGACACUGGAGCAAGGGACUUGUUCCUCUUUGUUUUUCAGUUUGCAGAGGACAUGGAGCUCUUUUUGAAAGCAUGUGCUGAUGAGCAGGGGCUAAGGGUCAGUGCUAUGUUUGACAUGUAAUGGACAAAUGAAGGCACUGGCUGUUUGUUUGUUUGUUUAAUAUGUUGUUGUUUUUUUGUUUUGCGUUUUGCGUAGUACAAAAUUCCAAUUAAACUUAUUUCAAAAUGUUGUUCACUUUAUUCUGUGUCCAUACUUAUAAUAAAGGAUUACAGUGUAACAGCAUUAAAUGUAAAUGUAACAGCAUUUUUUUUAAACUUGUAAUUUCAAAAUAAAAAGCUUAUUGUUGAUAUUAACAGUAAA